AUGGCAGACAUGUUGGAACCCAAUACGUCCGUGCCAUGGAUGGGCGUUCUAGGCCCUUUCAUUGCGGUAUUGCCGCUUCUUUAUUCCCUUUAUCGAUACCUCCUGCCGAAGCCCAUUCCUGGAAUCCCUUAUAAUAAAGACGCCACGAAGAUUCUCCUCGGCGAUAUCCCUCAGAGCAAGAAGGAAUCUCCCGGCAAUAUCUUUAACUGGAUCUCAGCCCAGUCUCGUCGCCAUAACAGCCCCAUCUUCCAAAUCUGGCUGGGCCCUUUUACGAAACCUGCUGUCGUCGUUGCCGAUUUCCGCGAGGGCCAGGAUAUUCUUCUGCGCCGAAAGAAGUUUGACCGCUCUAACUUUAUGAUCGCGGCUCCGAAUAUCUACAAGAGUGCCUUGCGCCUCGUAGAUCUCUGGAGAAAGAAAGCGCAUCUUGCCGAUGGGAAGUCAUUUUCAGCAGAGCAUGAUGUCUUCUACGCUGCCCUAGAUGCCGUCUUUGACUUCGGAUUCGGCGACGCUGCCGAGAUGAGGGCGCUUAUUCCUCAACUUGAGGCGUUAGCAACUACCAACGUCGAAGCCUUGCGAAAUGCAGCACUCGACAAAGAGGUGUUGAGCUUUCCAACUGCUCCAAUCCAUCCUGCGCUCGAAGCAACCCUACAGGGUGCAGAUAACAUUGGUGGAGUAGCCGAGACUGGGUUUCCAAGGCUUGCAUGGUCAAUCAUUGGGCUUAUGCCUAGUGUCCGUCGGACAAGAGCUGUACGAGACAAUUUCCUUGUGGAUCAGGUCUUGCAGGCGUCGGAGAGAUUCAAACUCCAAGUUCAGAAUGCUGGCGACGAAGAAAAACAUGUAAAGUCCGCAAUUGACUUGAUGGUUCGACGACUGAACGGUGUUGUGGAGAAAGAAGGCCGCCCUCUCCCCAACUGGAUCGAGACCAUGAGGGACGAGACUUCCGGCUUCAUUGUUGCCGGGCACGACACGACGAGCACGACUCUGUGCUGGGGUCUGAAGUACAUGGCGGAUGAUCAAUCAGUUCAGCAAAGACUCUUCGACAGUCUCCGAAGCUUCCACUCAGCUGCUGCGACCGAAAAUCGACUCCCUACACAUUCCGAGAUUUGCGACGCAAAGAUACCGUAUCUAGACGCAGUCAUUGAAGAGAUGCUUCGACUUGCCCACACAGCAGCCAGCCAGGAUAGAGAUUGCAAAGAGGGCACUAUCAUUCUAGGCCAUGCCAUCCCCAAGGGUACCCUCGUGAUGGUCCCGAACAAGGGUCCCAGUUUCACCGAGCCAGGCUAUGAGAUCGAUGAACGCCUACGUAGUCCAUCUUGCCAAAAAGCAGCCAAGGACUUUGGUCUGAGAGUCUGGGACAGCCACGGGAUGGAGAAGUUCAGACCGGAGCGCAGGCUUAUACGGAAUGAGAACGGCGAGGAUGAGUUCAAUGCUGCUGCUGGUCCAACUCUACCCUUUGGUCUUGGACUUCGAGGCUGUUUUGGACGGAAGUUGGCAUACAUGGAGAUAAAGCUGUUGGUCACCACUCUGGCGUGGUCAUUUGAGUUCCAAAAGUGCCCGGAGAACUUGUCGAGUUACAAGAGCAUUACAAGCCUCACACGGAAGCCUGUUCAGUACUAUGUGCGCUUGAAGCUUCGUUGA